AUGUUCCGCAGUCUUUUCCACCGUCCGCCAUCACGAGCACGCCUGCGACGACUGAGAUGGCUACGGUUGCUUUUGCUGGCGUUUAUCACCUUCUUCGUCAUUGAUCUUUGGCGCAUCUCUCAAUCCGGUUCUCCCUCCGUCAUCAAACCAGCGCCUCCUCUAGAUAUACGGCAUCAGGAGAGGGUUUUUAUAGCCAGCAUCCAUUGGAACAACGAGUCUAUUCUUCGCUCGCACUGGAAUGAUGCGCUGCUGGAUCUUGUACAAAAGCUAGGACCAGAGCACGUAUAUGUUUCGAUUCUGGAGAGCGGGAGCUGGGAUGGAAGUAAAGAUGCGCUGAGGGCCCUAGACACUGAGCUGGAGAAACUGGGAGUGGAAAGAAAGAUCGUUUUGGAAGAUAUCACACAUAUAGAUGAGAUCCAACGUAUGCCGUCAUCCGAUGAGCCGGGCUGGAUUUGGACUGUAAGAGGCAAGAAGGAACUGAGACGCAUUCCGUACCUAUCACGGUUGAGAAACCGAGUGAUGGACGAGUUGACAGCUCUGGCGUCGAGGACCGAGGCCAAGAGGACUUUUGAUAAGGUACUCUGGCUGAACGAUGUCGUGUUCACUGCUCACGAUGCCUUGAAUAUUCUAGGCACUCGAGAAGGAGAUUACGCCGCUGCGUGCUCUCUUGACUUUUCCAAGCCACCAGCCUACUACGACACAUUCGCUCUUCGAGAUUCUUCCGGCGCAAAGGCAAUUACUCAUACAUGGCCGUAUUUUCUUUCGUCCAUGUCUCGCCAUGCCAUGAUGGCCGGGUUCCCCGUGCCGGUACAAUCAUGUUGGAACGGAAUCGUCGCUUUCGAUGCCACUCCGUUUUAUGAAAGGCCUCCUCUCGUAUUCCGUGGCAUCUCCGACGGCCUAGCGAAAUAUCACCUUGAAGGCUCUGAAUGCUGUCUGAUUCAUGCCGACAAUCCCCUCACGCCGGUAAAAGGUGUGUGGCUAAACCCAGAUGUCCGUGUUGGAUAUAACGAAAAAGCAUACGCGAACGUUCACCCGCGCCACUCAGCCAUCUGGCCCAGCGCAGGUGAGAAGCUUUUGGGCAUAUGGCAAAACAGAGUUGCCCGCUUGAUCAAUUUUCCCCGGAGGACGAUCGAAGACAUGGUCGUCUCUUGGAGAGUGCGUUCUUGGAAGGCGAAUGGGCUAGAGAGGGAAGAGCAUGGCGUCCAUUGUCUCAUUAAUGAAAUGCAGGUGCUGGUUGGAAAUGGGUGGGCACAUCUUUGA